AUGACAAGCCUCGAUGAAGAUGACGGUAGUGUGGAGGACAAGUUGUUUCUCAAAGUCCUGAUUGCUCUCGUUGUUCUCUGUUCCUUUUUUGGCAAUUCUGUUCUCAUCCACCUCAUUCGAACAGAGAACCUUCUGAAGACAACCACCAAUCAUCUUGUUUUAUGCCAGGCAGUGGCUGACAUUUUAAUUACAGUAAUAAGAUUACUGCAUUUGGCACUACGUAAAGAAUUUGUCUUGGGGUAUUAUUGGUUUGGAGGAAUACUUGGUCUCAUUACUUGCAAGUCCUAUUUUCUGCUCCAAUUUGCUACACCAGUGUUUUCAAUAUGGCUUUUGACACUGAUUGCAGUGGAACGUUUAUUUGCAGUAACUCGUCCUUUGCAAUGUUCUCCUCUGUCUCAACAUCUGAAAAAAACGAUAUCUGUGAUUGGAAUUUGGUCUUUAGCUUCUUUUACAGACAUCAUUGUGCAUGGAAAAGUGACAAAUGAUGAGGAACGUUAUUAUUGCGGUGUUACAUUUUCGGGGACAACACUUGUUUUUUGUGCAACAAACAUUUUUUUUUCUCUUAUUAUCAUAUCAGCUUUUUAUGCGAUUGUGUGUUAUAAACUUUGCUCACGGAAGGUUCCAGGAGAAGGGAACAGUCAAAAUCAAAGACAAGCCGAAGCAAUAAAGACAGCCAGAAAAGUUACCUUGAUGAUGAUUGUGAUUAUAGUAUUAUUCAUGAUCUCAUGGGGUCCCUCAGAAAUCGUACUUGUUUUGCAGAUCUUGAAAAUCACUCCCAUAUCUACUAUUUCGGUAGACAUUAGUAACUUGACUCUUCUUUUCAGCAGUUUAAAUCCUUACAUUUAUUUCACAUUUAAUCAGAGCUUUCGAAAGGCUUUUAGGGCUCUGUUUGUUCGAUGUUCUCGGAAAAUUGAAAUUCAUCGUGUUAUUCCCUUUCGAUCUCGAAGCACUGAGUUGCAGCAAAUAUGA